CCUUCCUUCUUGAUGUAUUUAUCAUUCAAUGUACUUGUUAUUGUUACGCUGUCGCGUACAGCAAUUCUACUCCAAGAGAAUUGGAGAGACAAGUCGGGGCAGUCGAAAUGCCGUCUGGAGUGUUCGAGUGCUAGUCUUGACAGUGCAUGGAAGCUCAAUUUUUUGGGGGUUCCCGAGGAAUCGUUCGACAAUGGCAUCAGUUGUCUCUCUCUGAAAGAGAAGCAGUCCUGAGAAUAGCUGAAGUUUCAAACCUUGCAGACGAGAACAAGACGAGCAGACGAUAUUGUGACAAUUGUGGAGGAGCGGAACAGAAGGGAUUGGCAGAAAAUUGGGUGGCGGUCCCGCCAAGAUUGGGCGCUCGACCGGUUAUUGGCAUGUCGUGGGGGGCACGGAAGUCGCCGGCAGAGGACCCCCAAUAAAAACGAGUGGUUUGACAGUUGGCUUUACCGGCUUCCCUCCCUCCUCCUCCUUAGAUCCUAGACCGGGGGCGUACUUAGACUUGGGCUUUCCUGCUUAUCUUGUCUCUCUUUUUGUUCCGACAUCAUGGCCAAACUCACCCACGCCGAUGGGAGGACAUUCGUCGAACAGACUCCAGUCAUUAUUCCUGACUUCUCAGUCAAAGAUCUUCUGUCUGUUAUUCCUGCUCACUGUCACAAGCGGUCGACGUUGAGAUCAAUGUCCUAUGUCGUCUGGGACUUCUUCUUGCUUGCAGUCAUUUACAAAAGUACAAUUUUCUUGGACGCGCGUAUCACACCAGAGUACAUCAACCUUCCGCACCCCUUCUUGUACACCUUCGCGACCUUCGCUCUUUGGGCCGUGUACUCUUUCGCUACCGGUCUCGUCGCCACUGGUGUCUGGGUUCUCGCACAUGAGUGUGGUCACCAAGCUUUCUCCGACUCCAAGAUAAUCAACAACACCAUUGGAUGGAUCCUGCAUUCUGCACUAGGUGUGCCUUACCAUUCAUGGCGCAUAACGCACGCGAGGCACCAUGCUUCUACUGCGCACAUGACGCAAGACGAGGUCUUCGUGCCUAAAACUCGUUCGGAACGUCGCUUGCCUGAAUUUGAUCCUGCCAAGGAGGAUCUCGGUGGUGCGAGUAUCUCGAACGAUGCGAUGAGUGAGCUUUGGGAGGCUCUUGGUGACACUCCGAUCGGUGCCGUCUUCGGUCCCGCAAGCUAUUUGCUCGGCGGAUGGGUCAUGUACCUAGUCACCAACGCUUCAGGUCAGAGGAGGUACCCUGCGGGCUCGAAUCACUUCAAUCCGAAUGCCGUGAUGUUCUCUCCUCACCAUUAUGGCCAAAUCAUCGUGUCAGACAUCGGCAUCUUGAUCUGGUUUUGUGCCGUCAUUGCCUCCAUCUACCACUUCGGUAUCUUCGAGGUCUUCCGCACUUACAUCGUCACCUACCUCUGGGUCAACCACUGGCUCGUGCUCAUCACAUUCCUCCAACAUACCGACCCUACGGUGCCACAUUACCGUGCUGCCGAGUUCACCUUCCCUCGUGGCGCCCUUGCCACCCUUGACCGUCAACUGCUCGGCGACUGUGGCAAGAUCAUGGGUUGGAUCGGCGCUUGCACUACCCAUGGUAUUUCUGAGACUCACGUCGCUCACCAUGUGGCCAGCAGGAUCCCUCAUUACCAUGCGUACGUCGAGUUCAUCUCAUGUUACUGCCCUUUCGAACAUGGUACUGAUUCCUAUUCUGGGUUUCUAUAGAUGGGAGGCUACUGAUGCUCUUCGCAAACGCCUUGCGCAAUCUGGUAUCAAACUUCAGGGUCGUCCCGGUGGAUGGGCCGAGAUGUACCGUGUGUUCAAGGAGUGCAAGUUCGUUGAGGACGAGGGUGAUAUCGUGUUCUACAAGAAUGCCCAAGGCCUUGCUGUCACUCGCCCUGUCUUGCCUGACAACAAUGCAUCUGACUCAGGUAUCGAGAUGGUCGACAAGGAGACAUAAAAAGUCAUCGGAUUAUAGCUUGUCUCUUUUGUCGUCUUGAUUCUUGUCUCAUUUCAUCUCAUCUCAGACCCCCACUCUUACGCUGUCAUUACAUUGACUGUUGUUUCCGUCUCGUAGGGUUAGACUUUUGUGGUUUCCCGGUUAGAGAGACGCUAUGGCGCAUAGUUGUACUUCGUCGUUCUUUCCGUAGAGCUUUUGUACGCUGGACGGGUAAUAGAUGGUACAGAUCCAAAAUCCAAGAGGUCACAUAGA